AUGCAGGAGGCCUGGUAUGCUUUUAGCAAUGACCCGUGGAACGGCCUGACUGAGAUUGGCUACCCACGCUACGACGAGAGCAAGGACACAUUGAUUGUCUUUGGCAUGAACAACAGUCCGGAGCCAGCCUUGGUCAAGCCGUCCGAGUGUAACGCACCGUGCUCGACCAUCACCAUGGGAGCUCUUGGAACCAGUACACCUUCACCGGCACCCUAG